AUGCUAAUGUUGUUCUCAAUUUAUCAUCAAAUAAUGAAGGCUUACAUGUUGCAAAUUCAGCUGUUUCAGAUGACGCUACCAAACGUCAAAUUAUACUUGAUUCUGGAGCCAGUGUUAAUUUAUGUAAUAAUCUUACAUAUUUACAUGACUUUACCAUGUUUGAAGAACCUAAAUCUGUUACUGUUGCUAAUGGAGAAAAAGUUCCUGUGUUUGGUUUUGGUACACUCAAGUUACAAGCUACUAAUAAAGAUGUUUUUCUGAUUAACUUUACUGGUUAUUGUCCUUCUAUGGCACUUACACUUAUUAAUCCCAAAUCAUUACUUGGUCCAAAUGAUAGCUUAGAAAUUACUGCUCAAACUGUUGUCCAUUCUAAAAUUGGUACUAUUGGCAUUUACAAUGAUAUGAUUAAAUGUAUUUUGACUCCAAUUUUAUCUCAAUUAGAUCCAAAUAUCCACGAAAAUCUUAUAAAUUCAGUGUCAUUUUCUACUUUACAUUCAUCAUUUGGUCAUCCAAAUAUAAAUUCAUUUAGAUCCAUGUUAAAAGAUGCUGGUAUUCCAUUCAAAUCAUCAGAUUUAGAUAUAAAUUGUGAUCAUUGUUUCAAAUCAAGAAAUUUUAAGUCUUUUCCUACUACUUCAAGUUCACCUGCAACAACUGCACCUUUACAAUUAGUUCAUACAGAUAUAGCAGGACCUUUUGGAACAGCUAGUAUUCAGAAUGAACAAGUAAUGCUAAUAAUUGUUGAUGAUUUUACAAGAAUGAAAUUUGUUUUUCCACUUAAAUCUAAGAAUGAAGCAUCUGAUAAAAUUAUUGAUUGGAUUCAAGAAUGGGAAAGAUAUUUUAUUUCCAGAGGAGGUCAUAAAGUUGCAUCUUUGAGAUCAGAUAACGGUGGUGAAUUUAAUAAUCAAAAAUUAUCAAAUUAUUGCAAAAUUCACGGAAUAAAAAGAGAAACUACAAUACCUCACACAAGCCACCAAAAUGGUGUAGCGGAAAGAGCUAUAAGAUCAGUUGAAGACAAGCUGAGAGUUAUAUUAGAGACUUCUGGUUUACCUACUAAAUUUUGGUCAUUCUCAAUGGUUUUAGCUGCUCAAUUACUAAAUAUUUCAAAUUCUGCUACUUUAUCAAAUAAAUGUUCUUUUGAAUUAUGGUUUAACAAAUUACCCAAUUAUAAACAAUUUCACCCAUUUGGCUGUAGUGUAUUUGCACACAUUCCAACCACUUACAGGUCCAAGUUACAAGCAAAUGGUGUUAAAUGCAUUUUCUUAGGUUUUGCUCCCAAUCAAGCUGGUUUCAAUUUGUUCGAUAUUGAUGCUCAAAAAUUAGUAGUUGCAAAAGAUGUUAAAUUUAUAGACACAGAGUUUAUUGGUUCAUCUAUUGAUUAUUCAGGUUUAACUAAUGAUUCUUCAAAUAUUCAAGGUGUUGUUAGAAAUAAAUUUGAUACAGAAAUUUUCGCACCAAGUUUUAGACCCAAUAGUGUUGCUACCAAUUCAGAAUCUGAAACUUCAAGUAUUUUUAGUCCACAAUCUAUUGCAAAUUCACCAACAUAUUCAAAUGAUAUUCCUAAUUCACCAAGUCCUAGUCCACAAAUUGAAUCUCCUUAUUUACUGGAUACUCCACAAGAUAAACCCUCAAUAAUAUCUGAUUCCACAUAUGAAAUUUCAUCUGAUUCAUCGUAUAAUAGUCCAACUACUAGAGAAAUCUUAGAAAAUUUAAGUCCUGAACCAGCAAAUACUUCAGAUUUUAAUUAUUUAAGUGAUUCAUCUGCUACUGACUUUACUGAUUCAUCUGGUGAUCCUGAUUUAUUUACUGGAAAUGUUAAUUUACUGAUUGAAAAAUCACUUUGCGGGGGGAUGAAUGAUUAUUUAGUAAAUAAUAUUGAAGAAAAAACAAUUGCAAAAGUAAAUUAUAAACCAAAGUCAUCUAAUAAGAGAUUUAAAAUUCAAAAUACUCAAAUUGAUUUUUCAUCAUCAAUUAAUAAUGUGGAUUAUAUAUAUGGAAAUGGAUUUGUUGUUGAAAAACCAGUUGAUAAUUAUAUUCCAAAUACAUAUAAACAAGCAAUUGCAAGUGAUAAAAAGGAUGCAUGGUUAGAAGCUAUGAAUGAAGAAAUGGCUGCUCAUGAAGAAAAUAAAACUUGGGAGUUAGUUGAUUUACCAAAAGAUAAGAAAGCUAUUGGGUGCAGAUGGGUUUUCACUAAGAAAGAUAGUGGAAAAUUGANGUUGAAAGCCCGUCUUGUAGCCCAAGGCUUUAAACAGGUUGAGGGGGUGGACUAUGGGGAAACCUUCUCUCCUGUCAUCAGAAGUGAAACAAUCAAAUUAUUAUUUGCAUUAGCUGCUAGAACCAAUAAAAUAGUUAAUCAAAUGGACGUAUCUACGGCGUUCUUGAAUGGUUAUAUAGAGGAAGAGAUAUUUAUGAAUACUGCUCCUGGUUUUGAGGUUGAAGGCAAAGUUUAUCGUUUGGUUAAAAGUUUAUAUGGGCUUAAACAAGCUCCAGCCGCUUGGAAUAAGUCAAUCAAUCUGGUACUAGAAAAAUUUGGAUUUAAAAGAGUUGCUUCAGAAUUAGGUCUUUAUGUUAAAGAAGAAGUGUAUUUGGGUCUUUAUGUUGAUGAUUUGUUAAUUGCUGCUAAUACUCAAGAUGAAUUAAAUGAAGUUAAAGAUUUGCUCAAAAAUAAUUUCAAAAUGAAAGAUCUUGGUAGUCCCAAAAAGUUUUUGGGGAUGAAUAUAGACCAUAAGAAAAAUGGUAUUAAAAUUUCACUACACGAUUAUAUUGAUAAAAUGUUGCAAGAUUUUAGUAUGCAAGAUUGUAACCCAGCUGCUAUCCCAACUAUUA